UAGAAUUUUUUAGAUAGUUAACAUUAUGACGCAGGGAUCACUGGCUCCAAAAUCUGCUGCUGGCAUUACCACCGUAACUACUGCAGAUUCGGAAGGUUUUAGACGCGGAAAUGUUGUCACAGAUGUGCGCCUGCCUCGAGACUUGAAAGCGAAAGUACUCAUCUGGAAUGACAUAGCCGUAGAGAAUCUCUCGGAGAUAAAUUCUAAAUGGGAAAGCGUUGUGGAGGUCAAAGAUUUCCUGGCUUCUCUGUUCAAUCUAGAAAACUACAAGGAGAACAAACCGGAAACAGUUUUAGUGGACUUGUAUUACUAUUCUCUGCAGUUUUCGAAACAGUCUAAUUUCAGUUUGGAACAAACCUCUGCAUUGUUUUCCAUUAUCAAGAGUAUACAUGAGGCAGCAAUUGAAACACCGUUCAAUAAUCUUCCUCAAUGCUACAAGUACAUGAAAGAUCUAAUUCUGUGCCACAGCGUCAAGCGACCCCCAUUCGGAAUCGAGCUAUUUGGCCCUGAAGAAGCUAAAUUGGUAUCAGAGUAUAUCGUCAAUUCUUACUUUCGGCACUUCAAGCUCUACAAAUUCGUUUUUACGCCAAAACUACAGCUUGAUGUCAGUUUCAAUUACAAAGGUCUGUACGACACAGGGAGUGAAGCGUCCGCUGAAGAGCAGGAGUCAAAGCCAGGCACUGCAGCCACUGGAAUCACCGUUGAAAUCGCAGACGAGGACGAAGAGGAGGAGGAGGAUGAGACGCCGGCGAUGAAGGAGUUGAAGAAUAUAAUACAGGAGGAGUUGGACAAACACUUGAAAGAGAUGAAGAGUUCCCUGGAGGAGAACAUAAAGAAUAAUGACGAAGUGAUGAACCAGAAGCUACAGUCGAUCGAGGAGACCCAGUCUACUGUCGCCCCUGGAAAGAGACCCGGAAGCAAGGGCGGCAAGAAGAAAUAAACAUACAUACUUGACUUAACUAACCGGAUCUAGUGAUCAAUCUCGCCCUCUUUAUGAUAUCUAGUAAUGAAAUGAACCCUCACUACCAAAAAUCUAGUUAUAUUUAGACCGGGUCUAGGACAACAAGCCGACGGGACUUCAAGCCGAAGGGACUUCAAGCCGAAAUUAAAACUUUACAAGUACCUCAAAACACUAUUUUAUCAUCUGUAAAACGUUAUUUUUUUUAAAAAUUUUGGCAAGUUUAGCCCAUAAUAAACGUUAUUCAUGACAAUGCACCGCUUGUGAUUGGCAUCCGUUAAUAACAUCAGCCGGUUUUUGAAAUGCAUAAAUUAUAAACUUGAAAAAUGCCUUCAACCAUGUUUUACUUUCCAACUUUCCGAAACAUCAUUUGAAGGCUUAAAUUUUAUGAAAACGCCAAUAACUUGUGAAGAAAGAUCAUGAAAUUCGGAAUUUCUUCAAAAUGGUUUUCAAAUUAAUCAUAUUUCACUAGUUUAUAAGGAACUAUUCGGCUUGAAGUCCCUAAUUUUACGAUUCGGCUUGAAGUCCCGUCGGCUUGAUGUCCGGCACCCAUUUAGACCUGAUAAAUGUUAGACCUAAUUAGCUGUGCCGAGUUGUCAAUCAAGCUGCUACGUGAGGAAACCGAUAAAUUAAAAGCGUGAGCUAUAGCUAAUUUACCCGAACUCAUCUUGCAGAGGAUAGUAUAUAGGGGGUGGCUCCGAACAUGAGAUAUGAGCGCAUAGCAUGAAUCAAACAGCUGUCCUAUUUUCAAAAAUGAAGUUUUUUGUGUGGGGGGGAUUGCUUAAGAGAUCCGUAAAAAAUCAAAUCUCAAAAUGGGUUAAUCUCAACCAGAUGCACUUGAUAUCAUCUUUUUCAUUUCAUCAUGAGCCAUGUCUAAUUUUCCCAAAAAUGUGUUCGUCGUGCUAAUUGAUUUUCUUUACUCAAUGCAACCGCAAAUUUAAGCCAUUAGUUGCAUUCUGUAUACCUGAGUAAUGUGCUCUUUUUAAAGAAAGUUGUCCUGGUAAAUUUUAAAAAAUUUUAAAAAACAGUUUCCUGUCAGGGUAUAAACAUCAAUUGUAAAAAAAUAUAACUUGACAGCUUGUAAAUCAUUAAUGGAAUAUCAAUGGAAACUAAAACCAUCAUUAAAUUGAGGCGUGUAUACUUGUAAAUAUGUAAAUAAAUUGCCAUUAAAGCAAGAGUGUACGAUUGUAAAAUAAAAAUAUUCUUCUA